AUGCGAAAUGAUGUCGGUCAUUGCCGCGUGCUUCUUCCAGUAGUAAAACGAAAGUCAAACAUACAAUAUGAGCGGAACUCUGUAAUGUAUCGGGGUGCCAUGCUGAACAUCCACAAGUACAAGCUUCGUGCCAGCUCAUGCCCUGACAUCUUCCGCAACUCCAUGACCACCAUCGCACAGGAACAAGAGGAGCAUUGGUAUUCGGAUAUGCUCACCUUGCUGCGUGGUAUGACGGACUUCUCUUUGUUUGCUGAGCUGCAUUUCACGCUGAUGCAACUUAGCACAGUUCUACUCUUCAUCUGGUUCAUUGUUCCCUACUUCUAUUUAGCUGAUUACAUGACUGAGAAUAAUUAUACGGAAACAGAAGCUUCAUGGUUGCUGAGCAUUAUUGGCAUCACAAACACCAUUGGUAUUGUAGGACUGGGAUGGGCAGGUGAUCAACCAUGGGUAAAUGUUCCCAAAACAUUUGCUGGAUGCCUGGUGUUGUGCGGUCUGUCAGCCCUGGCAAUGCCUCUUUGCAAGGAAAAUUUCUUUGCCCUGGCUUUCGCAUCAGGGUUGUUUGGUCUCUUCUUUGCGUCGUCAUUUUCUUUCACCCCUGUGAUACUGGUGCAGCUUGUCCCAUUAGAGAAGUUUACCACUGCCUAUGGGCUGGUGCUCCUGUGCCAGGGCAUUGGUAAUCUCAUUGGACCACCAGUAGGAGGCAAGUAUUUCAUCUUGUCACAUUGCUACUUUCUGUUUUGUUGGCUUUAUGAUGUGACAAAAACUUAUGAUUUAAGUUUCUACCUCACCGGGAUCUGGAUAGUUGUCUCAGGAUUGCUCAUAGCUGUCAUUCCGAUGACUAAAAAUCAUAGAUUAUGGGGGACAAGUGUAACAGAUAAAGAAAAGGAAAUUAAAGAAGCAGACCAGGUGAGCUGUGCCUAAUCGGAGCACUCGUUUUACUGAAGAACACAACUGUAUGAAUUUGCAGUAUUUAAUGGAGCUUUCUGCUGUGCAGUUAUCUAAGUGUUUGGAGGUCAAAGCAAUUACUAGUAGUGUGGCUGAUAGAAGAGGUCACGUAAUGUACCUAAUUAUAUUAAUUCAUCAGAGUAUAAAAGAGUCUUAUGUAUUGUCAAAUUCUGUGUGAAACAUGAGAAGGAAUGGUGAAGUUAUGUUGUUAGGGAAAAUGAAUAAAAUCUUGGGCACAACAUUUACAUCAAGCUGACAGAACUUGCUAUUCUUGUAUGGGGUAGUGGCAUAAAUGUAUGAUUUAUUAUGCUACUUCAUAUCAAUAUAGAAGAUUCAAUGUUUAAAAGAGAUCGUCCGCUUAAGAUUGAAAAAUCAUAAAUAAAUCAUGUGUCUUGUCCAACAAUAAGUUACAUUAGGCAAUAAUGAACUUAUUCAUAAUGCUGCAUGAAUGAAAAUUGCACAAAUGUGCCAUUUGUUUUCUCUGUUAUUAACAAACAGAAAGAAAUUAUUAAAUUGAGUUUUAAAUGAGAGUGUAACUGCAGUCUUCUUAAAUGAAGCUGUAACUAUUUUACCUGCGUUGUGCCUUUGUGAAGAUUAUAGUACAGAGGAAAUGUACUUACUCUUAGCAGAGCAAUUCAUGAAUAGUUCCAUUUUGUAUUUUGUUUGUUCAUCGAUAAGUCAGGGUACCACUUUUUGUUUUUCCUAAGAGAAUGUAGCACAAGCAGGUGAGGAGCUUGUAAGUUUAUUUGAACUUGUUUUGCAGUAUUACUUGCCACAUUUUACACACAUGUAGGUACUUACUAAUUAUUAUAUUUAUAGAGAUUUACUUCCCCAAGUUUCUUCUGUAGGUAGUGCACAUUAUGCAAUAUUUCAUAAUAAUACAUUUGCCUUUAUAUUUGUAUGUCAAUAAUAGAAUAGAUGGAUUCUAGUCUAGUUAUAACCUGUGUCAGUCUCAAGAUAAGAUAUUAGUGCGGAAUAUAGUAUGCUGUUGCUCACUUGCAUGACCAAUUUCAGUGGACUCUCUUAUAUAAGACAGUCUUGUAGAAUUUUCAGUCACAAAUUUAAUCUUGUAUAUUCUAAAUUAAAACAUAAGAAUUAAACAUUUCUGAUGUGUAAUAGUUUUGAAACUAUGUUUCUACUCAUUAAGAAAAGAAAUGAGCUUUAUAUGAAUCUUCAGAAAAGGUGCCUAUGCCAACAAAACAUACAUAAAUCAUUGUUUGAAUUUUCUUCCUAUGUCAUUUGCACUGCCAUUAGUGAAUUCUGUGAAAUGACUGUUAAGAACAAAAGAGUAAUAGUUAAAAAACUAUUUUCAUGUGAAUAAGUUCUAAAAAAAUCAUGAAGUAGGUCUUAUAAUCAAACCUAGUUCCUUAUUUGUGAAUUGUAGAGAUGUCCGAUCCAGUAUUGUUUAGAUGGAGUGAGCUUGAAGGAGUGAUAUUAAAUAUUCCUUGGGUGCUACAAAUAAAUAUAAAUCUAAGCUAUAGACUGUGGCAAGAUGAUUGCAAGGAUCAUGAGCAUCAGUUUCGUUUUAUUUCUUUGGCAAUUUUAAAUUUUUUAACAAUUGCUACUUCGGAUGAAAUUGCAAUUUAUGUUCAAAACCUUUCUUGAAGAAAGAUUCGAGAAAAGUUAAAUAGUAAAUUUUUAUUUAAUUAUCCACACAUGUGCUGCAUGGUGGUCGCAAUAAAUUCUACGUAGUUUCUUUAAAUCUGUAAAUCUGUGUCUUUAUCUAAACAUUCCCAUUUAAAGCCAGUCUAAGUAAAUAGGGUAAUUUACUAACAGUGUAUUAUUCAUGUUAUUAAUGAUAGAUGUUCUUUAUUCAAGAUAGGGACAUUCCAAAUUACAGACUGGCGUUAGACUUGACUGUGUGUAUGCUCAUGAUGUCCUUUCUCAAAGGUAAUUCAAUAUGUUACUGACUAGUAAUUCUUGCCAUCUUAAAGUCCUUGUAUAGUCUAUUUUGUGCAUUACAUAUAGAAAUAUGAUAUAAGAAAUAAUUAUUGAUUAGUAUACGUAUUUGAAUGCAGUAUUUGUUACAGAAUAUCCUGUAUUGGAUUAAUGUAACAUACUGUGCUUAGACUGAGCAAUAUUAAAGCAAAUAUGUCUUCUUCCUGUCCGCAAUAUUGCAGUCGAUAGUCUGAAUCUUCCAUUGUCAGUUUGUCUUCGUGUUCUUAAUUUUAUUGCAUCAUUUUUAUAUGUUUUCACAUGUGCACACUGAACAUUUGUAUUCUACUUACUGUUUACAAUUACUUACAAUGUACAUCUAUUCUAAGAUAAAAUCUUUGUUCAUGCUGACACCGAACAUGUUGCAAUGCAAUGUCUUGAAGAACUCUUCAAAUAAAAAUGAUGUAUGAUGUAGUUGAUAAGUUUUUUAUUUCGUGCUCUUGGAGGGUAAGGAUUCCAUACGUCCUGAUGUUCCCAGGACAAUCCUGGAUUUUUGCCCUGGCCUGAUAAAAUCAU